GAAGCGGGACCAGGAGAGCAGAGGUCAGCGGGUUGGCAAGGCAAGGCAAGGCAAGGCAAGGCAAGGCGCACUCCGUCCUGGAAGCAACAGGAAACCUCGUGAAACUUUUAGAUGAUCGAGAGUGCUCUGUUUAGAUUGCCGCCUGCCCCUGAUGUUGGGAUUAUUCGCGGGAUGAGAGCCACCAGGGGCAUAUCGUAGUGGGGAUCUCCAGGGCGCCGGUAGUGCGCACCCACCGGGAAUAGCAGUUUAGCGGGUGGGAGACAGCCAGGCAGGCUCAUGGUGGGGUCGCUCCUGUGCUGACAAAGCGGGCCACCCGACUGAUGAAUAAUUUGGGUGAGAUCUCGCCGACGCACCAAAAAUGAUCGCGUCUUUUUUCCCCCUGAAGAAGCUGCGGCGCAAUGGCAAAUAUCUUCUCUUCGUGGCGAUUCUGGUGGUCGCAGCGCUCGCCGUCUAUCACGAAAUUGUCGCUGCAAACGCUUGGAGAGCCCAUAACCGUGUGAACCCUGCCAGCGAGGGCAGUAACUGGAGAAGAGCCUUGUCUGAUCAAGGGGUCGAAAGGGACCAGCAGCCAGAUUUAGUGGAGGAUUCAGCUGUUUGGAUUUCCAGCUAUACUCCACAAGCUUGGAAACCAGAGUACAAGGGACAGGCCAACCUGCAUAUCUUUGAGGACUGGUGCGGCAGUUCGACAGCAGAGCUCCGCAAGAACCUGCACUACCCACUGUAUCCCCACUCUAGAACUACAGUGCAGAAGCUUGCUGUUUCUCCUCAGUGGACCAACUAUGGGCUCAGGAUCUUUGGCUACCUGCAUCCUUACACUGACGGAGAGUUCGUGUUUGCGGUGAGCUCUGAUGACAACUCUGAGUUUUGGCUCAGCCAAGAUGACUCUCCCCUCAACUUGGAGCUACUGGCCUGGGUGGGCAAGACUGGCACUGAGUGGACGGCCCCAGGCGAAUAUGACAAGUAUGGCAGUCAGACUUCUAGACCGGUUUGGCUGUCUGCCCAGAGGAAGUACUUCUUUGAAAUUAUCCACAAGCAGAACGACAGAGGGACAGACCACGUGGCGGUGGCAUGGCAACUCCUGAACGAGAGCAUCAGGUUCAUGGUUAUUGAUUCCAAACACAUCUCCCUUUACAUUAAUGAAUCAACGUUGUUAAUGAGCAAUGUGGCCCAUAUUCCACAGACAGCUGCGAGCCACACACACACCCCUAGAAAACAUCCCUGUGCAAAGGUGGACAUGCUGAGGGAGGACCCCAGGGACACCUUUUACCAUGUGCCUUUGAUAAACAACAGAUUCCUGCAGGGGGUUUUGCCUGACUGCUCCUACAAGCCCAGCUAUAUUAUCAAAGGCUUCCCUCUGAUGCGCUACCAGGGCCUGCAGUUUGUCCACUUGACUUACAUCUACCCCAACGAUUACACUCGUCUCACACACAUGGAGACAGAGAACAGCUGCUUCUACCACGAGAGCCCCCUCUACCUGAAGAGGUUUGGCUUCUCCAGGUACAUGAGACUGGAUCGUCCGGAGGGUCAGGAAAGUAGGAAAAUAGCCCGUUCCAGAGAUUAUGAUUACCUGUGGAGGGACAUGGUCCUAGAUGAUGAGAAAGACUUGGACAAAAAAGCCCCUCCGAGGGAAGAAGACAUACAGCACCAGAAUAUGAAUAAUGCCCUUCUCCCGGACUAUGGGGACGACUAUGAUGAUUACGUUCAGAGACGCAGGCGCAAGCUCUUCUCCUUUGAUGUGCAAGGAAAUGGUACUGUCCUCAAGAAUGCUUCUGACACAAGCCACAAGCGUCAACCAGAGACAGAAAAAACAGCAGAACUUUUGCAGUCUGUGCCAACACCAGACUCUGAAAGUCACAAACUCCAGGAGCAGAACACAGCAGAGUUGAAACCAGAGAACUCGGUGAAACAAGUAGAACAGAUAAAACCAAUAGCAAGACCAAGACCAGCCAAGAGAAAAAAGCUCAAAUCAGUAGAAAGGAGAGGACCACCAGUACCAGUGGAGGGAGAAGGAGGAGCUAAGGAGAAGCCAGCUGGCCCCUCAUAUCACCAACAGGUGGAUUCUAAACAUCGUCGUGUCCACAGGCCUCUUAGGAUGAAAGAAGACAAACAAGUCCAGAGGCAGAAAGACUUACAGCCUCAACCUCAAGACAGGAAUGUCUCUGUGUCUGAAAAUCCCACAGUGGCCCAGCAGCAGAAGUAUGACAAUCGCAAUAUGGGGCAGCAGCCAGUCACCAUAAAGCGUUUCACCCCUCCAAAGCUAGACAUCAAAGUUCCUGUGGUGAGGCCAAACCACCAGAGAGCUGCAGUUACCUGGAAGAGCCUUAGGGAAAGGGAGAUAGAGAUGAAUAUGCCUUUACAAAGGGAUAUAGACAGCCCUAUAUACAGAGCUAGGAUGACCACCAGAGGCAAGACAGUCAGACGGUGGCUAGAUGCAAAAGGACAGGAGGACAAUGUAGGGGAGGAAGAGGAGGUGGACAAAAGGUUUGAGAGAAGGAGCGAAAACAAGGGCAGUGAGAGAGAUUCUUUUUGGGGACCAGCGGGAGACUCUGAGGAAGGUGAUGAAGACGAGUUGGUCGAUGACUUCAGCCCUCCGCCCGUGUUUGACCCUGAGGUCAAUUGGAGCCAAACCUUCCAAGUUAACCAGCUGGACCUUCAGGCACUACGUUCUGAUUGGAUAGACCUGCGCUGUAACAUCUCUGGAAACCUCAUGCUCCGCUCUAAAGAUGCUCAGCCCAUUGUCAAGGCUUUCAUGGACCAACUCAACCUCAAGUACCAUGGGCGAUUCACCUUAGUUCGUGUGGUCAAUGUGGAGAAGCGUGCCGAUGGACCCCAGGGCAGCCGGUACCUCUUGGAGCUGGAGCUAAGGGAUAUGAAUGGCCAGCUUUUGCGUCUGUCGCACUACAUCUAUGCUCUGAUUAGCCACAAAAGGCAACGCUUCAGGGACUUUAAUUUCCAGCAGGCAGCGCCUCAGACGGUGCUGUGUAACCCUGUUGGCUUUCGCUGGAAUCCUGAUGCCACUGUUCACUUCAUAGUGCCAGUGAAAAACCAAGCCCGUUGGGUGCAACAGCUGAUUGUGGACAUGGAGGAAUUGUACAGAGAGACGGGUGACCCCAACUUCAACCUCAUCAUCACUGACUACAGCAGCUCUGAUAUGGAUGUUGAGAAAGCUCUACAUGCCUCCAAACUUCCCAGGUACAAGUACUUGAAGCUGAGUGGAAACUUUCAGCGCUCUGCUGGUCUGCAGGCAGGCAUCAACCUUAUUACUGAUGACCACAGCAUAGUGUUUCUGUGUGACCUGCACAUCCACUUCCCUCACUCCAUCGUUGACACCAUCAGGAAGCACUGUGUGGAGGGUCACAUGGCCUUCGCUCCCAUAGUCAUGAGACUGGACUGUGGCGCUACGCCCUCAGAGCCCCGAGGUUACUGGGAGGUCAAUGGUUUCGGCCUGCUAGGGAUCUACAAGUCCGAUCUGGACGCAGCAGGAGGAAUGAACACCAAGGAAUUCACCGACCGCUGGGGAGGAGAGGACUGGGAGCUCCUUGACAGGAUCCUCCAGUCUGGUCUGGAAGUGGAGAGGAUCUAUUUGAGGAACUUCUUCCACCACUACCACUCCAAACGUGGCAUGUGGAACCGGCGCACGCUGCCAAACCGUAGGUAACCCUGUGCAGUGACGGCAGCGACAGCAUCGCCACAACCACAACCACAGCCACAACCACGGCAACCACAGCACUUUAAGCCCCAUCCAUGAUUCCAGCUACCUAAUGAUAAUGCCUGCUGACUCAUUGAGAAGGUGUAAUGGUAGGAAAUCCCGACACGGGACUAAGUCUUGUCUCCAGUCACCCCAGCUGUUUGAAACAGCAGCUCCUUGAUGCUAAGGUGACACUACUGAUACUGCUGACUGAAGACUUUAUUUAUGCAAAACACUGUAACACUGGAUGUACUAGUGACUACUUCAAGGGUACUGGUAAACAUUUGCCAUUGACUAUAUGGUACUGUAUCUGAAGAUACUACUAGAAACCAUGUUGCUGACUGGAGCCAUGAUAAUCUGCACUAGCUGCUGCGUGGAACUGACCUGAUGCAAA